AAAUCUGCUUAUUGUCAAAAAUUCCUUUUCGCGUUGGAGGUCCAAGUGUUGAUAUGGUUUCGUUGGUAAAAAAUCUAAAUUAGCAAAACGAUUCUGCAGCUUCAGCCGCAUAUCCCUUUUCACGAUUGCAAUUUCAUUUUCGAUUGCAUCUUAUGUGAACGAAAGAAUACUUGAACAAAUCAUCAAUAGCAACCCGUCGAGCUAGAAAACCAGCGUGUACGUGUCGAGGUUUAUUACCUUUCGUAACCUCUUCUAAGGUUAGCGAUUUUUGCCUCCGGCUGUCAAUUCUGUGCACAUUGCUUUCGGAAAGUCCACUUUAUUGAGGCAAACGCUAUUUCGCGAAUUGAGCAACGGUUUGCAACAGGAGCUAUAUUAACAUUGCAUUUUGCGUGCGACAACAUGGCCUCUAAACGACAACAAACCACCACUCAGGAGAAGAAUGUCUCCGACGUAGAGACAACGGAAACUCUAUGUGUCGUAUGCUUCAAGCCAAUUGUAUAUUUUGCCAUCGGUGAGUGCGAUCAUCUUUGCUGCUACGAGUGCUCUACCCGUAUUAGAGUACUAUGUCAGCAGAAUGAUUGCCCUAUUUGCCGUCGUGAUUUGGCCAAGGUAAUAUUUUCGAAAACGCUUACACCUUACCAGCAAUUGGACGUAAAAAAUCGAUCAGGACUGUAUGAUAAAAAAUACCGGAUCUGCUUUACGGACGCAGAGGUACAACACGCUUAUUUCGAUCUUCUAGAUUACAAAUGCCCUCGGUGUGAUCAAAAAAAUUUCCCAAAAUUCGAACUUCUACGUGAGCAUGUACGGAAAAAACACGAGCUGUUCUAUUGUGACAUAUGCACAGAGCAUCUGAAGGUGUUUUCUUCCGAACGACGAUGCUAUAACAGACAGGAGCUGGCUCUGCAUCGUCGUAAAGGUGAUCCAGACAAGGUUGGUCAUCGCGGGCAUCCGCUAUGUGAAUAUUGCGAUACACGGUUUCUCGAUAAGGAUGAACUGUUCCGUCACCUACGUAAAGACCAUUUCUUCUGCCACUAUUGCGAUGCAGAUGGCAGAAACUACUUCUAUGGGGAUUAUGCAUCGUUACGUGAUCACUUCCGGGCAGAUCAUUUUCUUUGUGAGGAAGGUGAAUGUGAGCAAGAACAAUUUACAUCUGUAUUUCGAACGGAAAUCGAUUUGCGAGCGCAUCGUGCAUCAGUGCACGGCAAAUCAAUGAACCGAUUAGCGAACAAACAGACUCGUACCUUAGAACUUGAAUUUACUUAUGCUCCGCGUCAUGGAGCUGCUGCGCCCGGAAGUGCGGGACCAUCAGCUGCUGCAGGCUCUUCCGGCAGUGGGCCUUCAUCGAGUCGAUCUCGUGUGGGACGAGGAGGCAGUGCCACAGGUCGCAGUGCCGGUAGCGGCACAUCAGGCGAGACACUGCAACACGAGCUUGAUAAUCUUGAAUUGACAAAUGAUCAAACAAGUAAGCUACACCCUAAAAAGGUGAUUGAUGCCACCAGUGAACAGGACUUUCCUACGCUUGGUGGCUCCGCACCAAAUCCAGUAUUUCGUCCAAAUAAUGUUACGAUACGACAGCGUGUGUAUGGAACAGCAGGACUUGCGCGCACGAAAGAAAACUUUCCCGCUCUUGGAUCGGGUGGAGGCGAAACGACUGGCCCAACCAGCCUAAAUGAAGGUUUUAGUAGCAAAAUUACUGCGAGUUCGCUUCUCAAGCCAAGCCAACCUACUUCCUCAGCUGGUACGAGCAUGAUGAUUCACGUUUCAAAUCGACCCUCAGGAUCGAGCACUGGUAAAUCUAACGGAGCUUCUGUUGGUUCUAUGAUUGGGAAGAAAAAUUCUUCUGACUUUCCGGCUUUGCCGGGUUCUAGUAGUAAAGCGCUGACUGGUUCAAAUAAGAAGCUUACUGGAGAUGUUUUUUCGGAUAUGAACGAUCGAAGUGGGAACUCAUCGAUGGUGAACUUGAACGCAAUAUCGGCAAAGCAUCGGGCAUUAGUGGAUGAUUACGUGUCAGUGUCAAGCGUCGCCUCAAAGGUAACCACAAUAUCUGCCAAGGAUUUGAAGAAAAACGCAUCUGCUACUGUUCAGGGAACCGUGCCAAGUGUGCAUUCAACCAAAGCAUUUCCAUCACUCGGAGAAGGGAAUAAAACAGGAACAGCAAAACCUAUCCCUUGGGUGUCUGGAGCUGGAGGAGGUUCACAAACCACUGCCGGUAGCUCUUCAAGCAAGAAGAAACCCAUGCCGGCCCCACAGCUAAAAGAUGAUACUGGCUUUGUUAAUCUAAACGCCCUGACCGGAAAAAAAUCGGGUGAAAAAAUGAAACAAAAAGAUUUAUCCACCGUUAAUUCAGCAGACACGCGGAAUAAUAAUAGUGAAUCUGUUUCCAAAGGGGGUGGCGGCGGAGCGAAGGAUCGUAACAAAGAGCAACAGCAGAAGCAACAGCAACACAGUAAAUCCAAUGGACAAAGCUCAGCCGCUACACAAUCUUCUCCCACAAACAACAAUAACAUCCCUUCGUCGUUAAAUAGUUCUUUCCCUGUGUUAGGCAGUUCUAACAGUGUUCAUUUUGCACUAGCAGCCGGUCCCAAACGUACGCCACCUGGAUUUGAAAACGUAAAUUUAAAACGAAUGCCCGGUCCUCCACCUGGCUUUGGGAAUGUCACAUUAAAUUCCGUUGCAAGGAAUGCGAACAACAUGACUUUUACGAACUCAACAGGGGAAUCGUACAAUAUCUUGCCCACUUACAGUUAUGUCUCUCCUUCAAACGCCAGUAAAAGAAAUCAAGUGCUUGUAACACAUUUUCAAAGAGCGUUGAAAAGUCAAGACGCGUUAAUGGAGUUCCGAACCAUUUCACAGAUGUUCCGUGAUGGGCAAUACGAAGCAUCAGCUUAUUAUGAGCACUGCAGAGUAGCACUAGGUGAUCGUUUCCAUGAAAUUUUUCCUGAACUGAUCGCGUUACUGCCAACCAUCAGCAAACAACAGGAACUUUAUUUGGUAUACUGCCAAGACGAAAACAAUAGACCGAAAUCUUUCGGCAAAGGGAAAGCUUCUAAUUCCUCGAAACUAGAGGUUUGUCAAGUUUGUAAGCAAGUGCUCAUCCAAGACGAUUUGACCGAACACUAUCAGACACAUUAUAUGGAAAACAAUUUUCCAAAGCUCGGAAAAGUAGAUGACGGAAAAGUCGGUUCAUCUGCAUGGAAGAAAUAAUCUAUGUCAAAGUUCUACAUUGGCGUAUGUUGGCCAACUUGUAAUACCGCCCGUAGAUUAAGCUGUGCAUAGAAAAGAUAAAUGCGCAAACGGAUAUUUGUUAUAAGGCAUGGAAAUACAAAAAUGUAUAUUCAGCAUCGCUUUGUUCAAUAUGAACUAGCUUCAAACCAUACAAAAGGUGCUUAUGCUAUAAAUUUCCAGAAUGAAAUGCUUUUUGUUAUUUUUUUAAAUACCGAUCUGGGUACUACAAGUAAACAGUUAUUGGUUAACACAUAUUUACGAGACACAGUGAAAUUGCUUAGCUUGUGCUAGAAAGAGUUACACAAAUAAACUCCAAUUACGAUUACUUGCUACGGUCGAAUGGUUCGUACAAAACACACUUAAAAUGUCGAUUUGUAAUACAGAGAUAGCAUUGCAGGAUAAAAAAGUACUGAAAAGUGUUGGCUUUGUUUUGUAGGACGGACGAACCAAAAUAUCGAAUUUGUACAAAUGUUGCUGAAAAUAUCAUGUACAUAAUAAUAAAAGCUGCAAUAUCUAUUGAAAUGUGAAAAUAAUAAUAUAUUUUUAAAUGGA